CGGACGUUCAUUCCAGCCCAGCCGUCGGUGCCAAGGACUUGUAUAUCUCCGGCCUCACCUCCCACUCCACUCCCAGCUCUCGAGUGUUGAGGUGUCUUAGUGAACGUCUGCAAGGCGGGACUCUAAUGAAUAUCCAGUGAUCGCUUGCGUCUACAUCAUCCCAGCAAGUUUAUUCUUGACAAUUAAUAGCUUCGCUCUUGAAGUUCAGAUGAACAUUAACAUAUCAUCGAAGAUGUGUUCACGGACCUUACUGUUCUCCGGGGCGCUGCUUGUUCUGGUCGUCGCCGUCUACAGUGAUACUGCGUUUGAGAAGUUGACGGAGCUGGACUACCGAGGGUCCACCUACUACACCAUCAGGAACCUGUCGCUGUGGGAGUGCCAGGGAUGGUGCAGGGAGGAGCCCGAAUGUGCCGCCGCCUCCUUCAGCUUCGUGAUGAACCCGCUGGCGCCGGUGCAGGAGACGCUGUGCCUCCUGCAGAACGAGACCAUGGCCUCCAACCCCUCCGCCGACCCCCAGAGGGCCGUCUCCCUCUACUACAUGGUCAAGCUCUCCGUCAGGAGCUACAAAGUGUGCAAGCGGCCCUGGACCUUCGAGAGAGUCCCUCACAUGAUGCUCAAGGACCUGGACGACGCCCGUAUAUUCACCUCUACGAAGGAAGGUUGUCUGGCCGCGUGUCUCAACGAGAGCAAGUUCAAGUGCCGGAGUGCGGAGUACAACUACGUGACGCUACAGUGCCAACUGAGCCAACAUGACAGAAGGUCGGCGGGGGUCAACAUACAGAUGGUGGAGACCAAAGGUGUAGACUACUUUGAGAACCUGUGUCUCUCAUCAUCGGAGUCGUGUAGCGAGGACAGGGAGUACCUGGAGCCUGAGCUGGGAGUGUCCGGUCAACUGGUCUCCCACUACGUGGACAUGCACUACUACGUCGACAAGGAACUUAUGGCCAACAGCGUGGCCGCGUGCAAGAGAGCGUGCGAGAUCGAGAACGAGUUCCUGUGUAGAUCGUUCCUGUACAAGGGUCCGCCCACCGGCACCACCUACAACUGCCAGCUCUUCCACCUGGACCACUACACGCUCCCAGAUGGUCCCUCCACCUUCCUCUCCACCGACAGGCCUCUCCUUGAUGAUGGGCAGCGCACAGGAACCUACUACGAGAACUCCUGCAAGGGCCCCUAUGGCAGCAGCACAGGAGGGCUGGUCACCCCUGUCCCCGCUGGCUACACAGACAAUGGGGACGUAUUCACCUCGCUGGGAGGCAGCUCCAGCAGCAGCAGCAGCAGCAGCACCGGCGGCUCAACACUUGGAGGAGGCUCAGGUAGUUCCUCCUCCUCCUCUUCAUACGGAACAACUAUCAGUGGUCAGGGAACGACUGGAAGACCCACUGGAGAAAACGUGAACUGUGACCCAACUGGAGUUUGCUAUGAUGUGUCAGUUCACUGUAAGGACACGAGGAUUGUGGUGGAGGUGAACACCAAUCAAGCCUUCAAUGGGCGCAUCUAUGCCUUGGGCCGCUCGGAGACCUGCAACGUCCAAGUCGUCAACUCUGACAAGUUCCGCCUCGACCUCUCAAUGGCUGGCCAAGACUGUAACACUCAGAGUGCUAAUGGUGUCUACACCAACACUGUGGUCAUCCAGCACCAUUCCAUCGUCAUGACCAAGACUGACAAGAUCUACAAGAUCCGUUGCACCUACGACAUGACCUCCAAGAACAUCACCUUCGGCAUGCUCCCCAUCAGGGACCCCGACAUGAUUCCCAUCACCUCUGCUCCCGAGGCACCCCCACCCAGGAUUCGCAUCCUAGACGCUGCUCUCCGGGAGGUAGAAACCGUGAGGAUUGGAGACACUCUUACCUUCAGGAUCGAGAUUCCAGAAGCCACCCCAUACGGUAUCUUCGCCCGGAGUUGCGUUGCAAUGGCCAAGGACUCCCGCUCCACCUUCCAGAUCAUUGAUGACGAUGGAUGCCCAGUGGAGCCAUCGAUUUUCCCUCAGUUCACUAAGGACGGAUCUGCACUUCAGUGUGUGUAUGAGGCCUUCAGGUUUACAGAGUCCUAUGGUGUCAUCUUCCAAUGUAACGUCAAGUACUGCCUGGGUCCAUGCGAGCCGGUAAGAUGUCAGAUGGGCCGAGAAAAGCUCUUCUCCUGGGGUCGUAAACGCCGUAACACGAACAGCUCCAUGGAUGCUUGGGGCCAUGUUCUAGAAACCAUCAAGGAUGAGGCUUUGGUAGCAAGCCGUAAACGCCGUGGCGUAAAGAACUCCAAAGGAGCUUGGGGCCAGGUUCAGGAGACCACUAAGGAGGAGGCACUGGCAGCUUCUCAGGCACUCGCAUCAUCAUCAGACAAUGACGAGAUGAGCAUAAGCCAGGAAAUACUUGUGCUCGACCUGGGUGAUGACCAGAGCCCACAGUACCGCAGUGAGCCAGUUCCUGAGGCCACAAGGAGCUACCACAGGAAUAACACCUACACCUUCGAGGGUGCCGAUGUCACCUUGUUCGAAACCUGCCCAACGAGAUCCUCUGUCCUCGCCUUGGCCGUCACAUGUGCCAUACUUCUGCUAAUCUAUGUCCUCACCGUCUUCUAUUUCGUCAUGAGAAAGUGGCUUCGUCCACCAAAGAAUGUCCGAUAAGAUAUAGGAAAACUCAUUAAAAUAGAGUAUGGUAUUGGUGCGUUGGGAGGCCUUCUUGGUCUUCUGCAGGGUGGUGAUAACAGCCAGGGAAUAUUCAUGUUCGGUGAAUUCUUUCACAAAAUUUAGCAUUAAGAAAUACAAAAUAAUUCUGAUGCAUCAAUGAUGAGUGCAGCUGCCCUCAUAGUUUUGUUGGAGGGCUCUGCUUUCCUUCAUGGUUGCAUUGAAGGGCUCUGCUGCCGUCAUGGAUGUAUUUCUGAGCUCAGCUUCCAUCAUUGUUAUGUUAAAAAGCUCAGCUUCACUCGUGCUUGUGAUGGAGAGCUCAGUAACUAUCACGAUUGGACCUCUCACAUACCAACACAACAACAUUGUUGUGUUGGUAUGCCAGCUAGCCAGCAUUGCGCCGAGCUCUUCCUUUACAUCUUGAACUCUAACAAAUUAUUGAUUUUUCAUGUUAAAUGUUGAAAUGUCUUACCAUCUUUUAAUACAAACAUUAAUGAAAUGCCACAUUGUCUCAUUUGUUAGUUAAUUUAUCUAUUUAUAUUUGUUAUUUGUUAUUAACUCAUCUAUUUAUUUUGUUAUUUGUUAUUUUUGUUGUAUUUAUUUAUUUGUUAAUGUUUAUGAUGAAUCUGAUAUAAAAAUACUCAAAUCUGUUAAACUAUAUGUAAGCUAAUUAAACAGUUUAUAGGGACAAUGAACAAAAUUUGAUCUGUAUUCAUAAGAUAUUCAGUCAGAAUUUUCUGUAUCACUUUGAUACAGUACAAGAAACCUUUUCAAAAAGCUUACAUGCAAAAUACAGAUGCUAAAUACCUCCUCAGCGCAUCCGUUCUCAGCCCAUUUCAUACAAAACAAAUUAGUAUUGAAUAUUACUAUAAUUUUUGUAUAUACUUUUCUCAUGAGGGACGGAUUUUUGCUAUCGACAAGGCCACAGAUGUUGCCCAAACUCAUACCUUAAGGCAUAGGUUCCCAACCUUUUUGAACUCGCAACCUUAUUUAUCAGGUAACUAGACCUGCCAGUAAAAAAAUUAGGAUUUUACACAUGAAAAUUUUACAAAAUUGUCUAAUGAGGAUACUCAUCUCUUGCUAAUUCUUGAUGAUUCAGGUAUAAACAGAAUUUAAGUUCUGCGACCUCCCAGAAAACGUUUCGGUGCAACCGACACGUUAGGAACCUAGGCCUUAAGGUAAUUAGGAACAAAGUUGUGGAUCGUCCCACUAUCGAAGGGAAGUGUGGGGCGAAUCCCAAGUUGUAGGUCACCCCACUGUCUAAGGAAAGUGUGGGAUAGCACAUCCGCUGUAUGUUUUUUGAGGCAUUAACCCCUAUCAGUUAAUUCGUGGGCAUUGAAUUAUUAAGCUCAACUUGCACAUAGAUUAAAUGUGACCUUCCCAUGGGCAUUGGAUACUAAAAAUGUUUUGUGAUAUAACUAUUGAACAAGCAAGGGAAGUGUUAUGUUGCUGGAGUCUAGUUAGGCCAUAUUGUUGGGGCUUUAGAGCUCAGUGCCUGCAGCUUCAUAGCAGUAUUAUAUCAUAGGGAGGUACACCUGCCGUGUGGCUUCCUCUGCUGUUUGCAAACAAAUCAGGAGCAGGAGAGGCUGCAAACAUCCCCCUAUGCAGGUGUUAUUAGUCUGGCCAUAACACACUUAAAGAGUGUCAGGAUCAGCCCUUUUUAGGUCUGUCAUCUUCACACCUCACUCUCCCUCGUCUGCCAUUGUCCUAACCACAUACUGGCCAGAAAACUAGACCAUGCCUCAUGUAGAUGAUUGGUUAGCUAGUGUCAUUCGUUCAAAGAAAGAAAUAAUUGGUAUGAUCAGUAUGUGAAUAUGUGGCUGUGCUUUACUGUCUGCUUCUUAGAGUGUUAGUGGUAUAUCGUAAAUCUUUGUCCCAUUGUUGAUUUGUUAAUGCGACCAUAAUAGUUCAUCCUCUUUCAGUUUAAUUUUUUUUUGUCUGACAUAUAUAUGUAAAAUUCAGCUAUUGUGCAUUUAUGCCUGAUUCAUAGUAGUACAUUACAAAAUAGCUGAUAAAAAACCAUGUAUCAUAGGUUGCUAAACUCGUGUGCUUCCUACAAUUAUGAGUUAGAACCUGCAAAGCUCUUUAGCUGUAGUCGGACAUUAUUCAGUUUUUCUCAUAAGUGUGCCCGAACACGGUCCAAUGAGUCAACGAUGCGGACAAAGCUCUGGGGCAUUGAGUGUGUGGUGUUACCUGUGGGAGGAGCCUGGAGGCCAGUCAUGAUGCCUCGUUCACUUAAUUUUUGUCCAUAUAACAAAUCUCAAAAUGCAAUCUCAAUUCAUAUCACUGUUACUUAUAGCCAUAAGGCUGUUGCUUUUUUCCAUAAGUCUGUUAUGGCAAUAAGAACACUUAUGGCAAUAAGUCUACGUAUCACCACCAGUCAGUUUCAUAUCACCAAAAGUCUGUUACUUAUCACCAUAAAUCUGUUACUUAUUGCCACAAGUCUAUUAUUUGUUGCCAUUAGUCUGUUAAUUAUUGCCUUAAGUUUGUUACUUAUUACCAUAAGCAUGUUAUUUAUUUCUAUAAGUAUUUUACUUAUUACUACAAAUCUGUUGCUUAUUGUGCUAAGUCUGCUGCUUUUUGCCAUAAGUCUGUUAAGUGUCAUAAUAAUAAUAAUAAUAAUAAUUUAUUUGCAAGAAGGUACAAUGUGUUGGUG